AUUUCAACAAUGAUAAUGAUUCAGUGAAUAAAAUGAAUGUAAAUCCGACACCACCACCACCAUCAUCACCACGACUACCCCUCCCCCCCGUCACAAUGUAUUCUAAUUAAAUAAUAUAUGAUUGUACAACAUAUCUGAAAUAGGGUCUGAUAAACCUAGUUACCCCUUUUAUUUAUAUUAUAAACUUUGAAUGGAAAAUGAUCUUUCAUGAUAACACUAUGACUGGAAUUACUAUUAUUCAAAGAUUAACACGAAAUAUGGAUUUUAAUAAAUCUGAAAAGAUCAAUAUUACUUAUAAUCAAUAUAUAUGUGAACAAAUAUAUAAAGAAAAUAUUAGAUUACAAGAUAAAUCAUUGUUAUACUGUCCACCAUAUCAUGACGGAGCAACAUGUUGGCCACCAAUAUUAGCAGGAACUAAAGUUCAAAUGCCAUGUCCAUCAAGCUAUGAAGGUCAAACGUACAAUCCAAAUGAAAAUGCAAGUAAAGAAUGCUUAGAGAAUGGAAAUUGGUCUUCCAAGUCAAAUUAUAUACCAUGUCUUCUAACCAUGGAUUCAUCUACUUUGGACUUAACCAUGAUAUUACGUUGUAUAUUUCUUACUGGUUAUUCCUUAUCUUGUACGUGUUUAUGUUUGGCACUUAUAAUUUUCUAUAUUUUCAAAUCUUUAAAAUGUAUGCGUAAUACAAUUCAUUCACAUUUAUUCGUAGCCCUUAUGAUUAAAGCAUGUGCAUGGUCUAUUUCAUACAUCUUUGUCGAAUUCAUUGAUAUUAAUCAAUUCAAAGAUGAUACAAAGUUAACAAUAAAUAGUUUAUUAAAUGUUACAAUAUCAUUACAAGCAUUUGGUUCAUUGGCUAUAUUUGUUUGGAUGUUUAUUGAAGGUUUAUAUUUAUGCCUUAUUGUUUAUUAUGCAUUUUGGGUAGAAAAAAUGAAAUUUUGGCCAUAUGCAUUAUUAGGAUGGGGUUUACCUACAAUACUUAUUACAAUUCGUACAAUAAUGAAUUACAUUCGACAUCCAACAGAAUUUUGGCUUUUCUAUGGAACUGAUGUAUAUUUAUUAACGAUACCAGCAUUAAUCCUAUUGGGUUUGAAUGUUGUAUUUUUAAUCAUCAUCCUUUAUGCAUUGAAUGAUAAAUUACGUAAACGUAUCAUCACUACUAAUAUUGAUGCUAACACCUAUAAUAAUAAUCAUAAUACCAAUGAUAAUAAUGACGAAAACUAUGAUACUGAAUUACAAAAACCAAAUCGUACAUUAUCUACUAUUGAUACUUAUGUAAAUGAUCCGAAAUUAGGCAAUUAUUCUACUAUACAACCAUUAACUAAUAUAAAAGAUCAUCGAAUCGGUUUUAUGUCAUUAUCGAAUAAACGUUAUCAUAACUACUGUAAUCCUUCUACAAAACGUAAAUCAUUAUCAUUUCAAAGAAAAUCUAAUUCAAAUUUGAAUAAUAAUAAUGAUAUACUUAACAAAGUAUCUGAAGAUAUAAAUCAAGAUACUACUAAUAAUGAACAAAAUAAUAGUAGUAUAAACAAUCUUAAGAAUAUCACUGAAAUGAAUUGUUCACAUAUUAUUCAGCCUAAAAGACGAUUUCAAUCAUUACCUAAUACACAAUUAUCAUCAUCAUUAUUCUUAUCAUCAUCACAAUCAACAGAUUUACCAAAUGAUGAACAACAGAGAUUUUUUCAUAAAGCAAGUCGUAAUGUAUCAUAUAGAUCAUCACAAAUUAGUGAUAUAUCACGAUUUGAAUUACCAGGUACUACACGUGUACGUUUAGCUAAAUUAAUUGGUCGUAUAAGUGGACGAGAAUUUGUUAAAACAGUUAAAGCCAGUUUAACUUUAAUGCCAUUGCUUGGUCUACCGGAGAUUAUUUUCAUUACACCUUAUCAUCCAUAUUUAAAACCAGGAUUUGAUAUAAUCAAUGCAUUUCUUACUUCAACUCAAGGAAUAUGGGUUACUUUACUUUAUUGUUUCCUAACAAAAGAGGUGAGAAGACAGUUUCAAAAACAAUUGAAAACGCGUUCACUACGUACUAGUCUUCAUCCACAUCGAAGGUCUGCUCGUAUGAAUAAACGUCAAUCAUCAUAAACUCAUCAAUUGUUUAAAUUACGUCAUCAUUGUUUAUUCAUGAAAGUGUAUAUUCAAUCACUAUGAAGUUGUAAUUACACACUAAUUGACAUGAAAAUAAAAUGGUUUUGUAAAUGAUUAAUACAAUCAGUAUUCUUGUAAUUAUUGAUUAAAGAGAAAUCAAUCAUUUUGAUUGAGUC